AUGCAGCGGGGCAACGCGCCCGCCUUCGGGACGCCGUCGCCGGUGAUUGGCCCGGCGGUCGCCGUCCAGGCGCAAGCGCCGGGCGUGAUUGCGCCCCUGUCCGUGCCCGUCGGGAUGGCGACGCCCCUGGAGCUCAGCCAAGGUGGGCAGUCGGGAUCGCAGUUGCAAUUGCAAUCGCCACAGGCGUGGCUGCGUUCGCCCCAGGCUUCCGGAGGUCGGCCGUGUGCAUACUCUUCGGCGGCACGCUCGGCGCAGCAGCUGCAGAUUCUGGGCCAAGGGCGAGGUGCUGCGGGGCAUGGGGGUCAGCAUGCCGCGCAGUGGGGGUCGCAGGCACCCGUGGUUGGGACUGUGGGUGGUGGCAUGGGCCACGCUGCAGAUGUGGAGUUUGAUUUUCCAAGGGGAGGUGGGACGGAGGGUGGCAGGGGGCUACAAUUUCACGCCGUGGCCGCCGAGACGGGGGUCCGGGACGGCGAUUUGGGGGAUGCAGGGGAGGAGUUUGGUGUGGGCGGGGAGCCGGGCGUCAGCGAGGGGCCUGGGGCAUUCUUCCCGGUGGCAGGGCCCUUGGAGGGGGAUGGUGGGGCGGCUGGGGGCCAGCGGGCGGGCGCGGGGGACUCGGGGGAGGCCUGGGCGGAUGGCGCGGCGAAGAGGAGCAAAGGACGUCUGCAUGAAGAGAUUGUGGCCUUUGCACAGCAGUGCUUCCCUUCCAGGGAAGAACUGCAAUUGAUGCAAUUGAUGGAACAAGGGUUGGGGCAAGUGGAGCAAGCUACAUUGGAGGUGUUUCCAAAUUCAAAGACCAUUCUGUUUGGUUCACAGGCCAGUUCUCUGUCGUUACCUGGCAGCGACAUGGACGUUGUUAUCCUGGGGGCUGGCAGGGACAUCUGCGCUCCUGCGGAGUCCUUCACCACUGUUGAAAAGAAUGCUGUUGUCCAGAAGCUCGGUAUGCUGCUGGAGAACUUGAAACGGCGUGGGCUGGUGGCGGGCCGUGGACGCGUGCUGGCUAGUGCAAAGGUGCCCAUCGUGAAGGUGCUGAUGCGCCUGGGGUCCAAGGCGCUGAGUGUGGACAUCUCUAUGGGUGUCAAGAAUGGUGCCGCAGCUGUGGAGCUGAUCCAGAGCUACGUGAUGGGCAUGCCCACUGUUCGGCCCCUGGUGGUUGUCCUGAAGGCCAUUCUCAAAGAGCGCAACCUCAAUGAAGUGUACUCUGGGGGCAUCUCCAGCUACGUGUUGUUCAACAUGGUGGUAUCACACCUGGUGAGUGAAGGUCACCAAUCCAACCUCAGCAAUGCCCCCCUCCUGUCAUCGGUGGCCAGGCAGAUAGAUUUCCUGCAAAAGGGGUUGAGGGAAGUUGAGCACGAUCUUGGCCGGCUGCUUGUGCGAUUUCUGAAAAGGUUUGGCAAUUUCUUCCAGUAUGACACUAUGGCAGUGAGCAUUAGGGGCGGGUCAGCCAUUGUUCCCAAAGCCAGGUUGAACUACAAUGGCGUGUCUUCCAGUAUACUGGCAGUGGAGGAUCCACAG